GUCUGGCGUCUAUAACAGUCUUAUAACGGGGCAAGAAUCGAAAUAGGGAAAGGACGGUUGUGACGGUUAAUUUAUUACUUUUUGUAAUCGUAUUUGCGUGUUUCAGGUUUUGGUAAAAUCUUGUUCAUCGUUAUCUCCUAGUAGAGCCUGCGAAACAGUUUUGAGCACAACUUGAUAAUUUAUCAGUUUUCAGGCUAAUCGCGAUUUUUUUAUUCACUUUUUUUGACAAAUAAAAAUCAUGCCUGUGCCUAACUCAAUCAACGUUGCGGUUAUUUGUUCAAGUAACAUGAACAGAAGCAUGGAAGCACAUGCUUUUUUAAGUAAAAAGGGAUUCAACGUUCAGUCUUUUGGAACAGGAGAUAAGGUCAAACUGCCAGGAAAUGCUCCGGAUCGUCCAAACGUUUACGACUUUGGAACAUCUUACGAAGAAAUUUACAAUGACUUACUAACGAAAGACAAACAAUAUUAUACGCAAAAUGGCCUGCUGCACAUGCUAGACAGAAAUCGUCGGAUAAAGCCAAGACCGGAAAGGUUUCAAGCUUCCAAGGAUAAAUUUGAUAUUCUAAUCACCUGCGAAGAAAGAGUUUACGACCAAGUUAUCGAAUGUAUGGAAUCGAGAAGCCCUGAGGACAAUCAACCUGUUCAUUUGAUCAAUAUCGACAUCCAGGAUAAUCACGAGGAAGCCACCGUGGGAUCUUUCCUCAUCUGCGAACUCGUUACUGUGCUGGCAAGCAGUGACGAUUUGGACAACGACAUAGAUGAGCUUCUUCACGAAUUUGAAUCGAAGUUCGCGCGAACGAUACUUCACACUCUGCUGUUUUAUUGAAGACUUGAAAAGAGAAUUUACAUUUUAAUUUUAGAGCAAACACUACUCGGUUCCAAAAAAGGGACGUUACUCAAAACUCGAUAUUGUAAGCUCGAUCUGUGCUUCCUAUGUAACCGAUCAUGGAUCGCUAUUGUAAUGACUGAAUUAGACUUUUUUCGAUUUUUUUUUUCAUUUCUCAAACUCGUCUCACACUAGCUGCAUCAGUAUUAAAAAAUUGUCAAUAGUAAACUACAAUCAUGUCAAUAAGUGAUCGAUGAGUGUUUAGAACUUCAUUAUAAAUAGGUAAACUCGACGUCCCUAUUAUGGUAAAAAAUCAUUAUUUUUAUAGAGUUGAAAUAAUUUUUUUAAACAUAUAAUGGGUUUUUCGCAAAAUAGGUGAUACGUUCGGGAGGAAAGGGGGUUUAUUUCACAGAACGAUUCUCAAUGUUAAGAGCAAUCGAAAAACAUUACGAGAGGUAUGUUCAAUUGUUCAUAGUAUCUAUAAAAUAUCACGUAUUUUGGGAAUUGCCCUUGAAGAAUGUAUGAGAGAUGAGUUCGAGAAACGACUGAUAGUUUACAAGUUUACAUUACACUCAAGGACAAGUGAAACGGUGUCGCUGCGACUUUGCAUAAAACUUAGAAAUAAUAUUGUCUUUAUAACUUAAACAAUUAAACAAAAAUCGUGAAAAAGGAAUGCAGUUGGUUUCACAGGCGGAAAUGAUAGCAAGCAGUAGUAAUAUACAAAACAUUUUAAUAAUUACAGUAUGUACAUAUAUAUACGUAUUUCGAUCAAUUUAUGUAUAUUUAUAUAUAUGUAUGUAUUUUUUUAUUGAUAGGCAACAGAACAAAUAUCCAGUUUCAGAUGCUGAAACAAAAGCCUUUUUCAAGAGAAUUUUCUCUUCUGCGUAGACUUAAGGAGAAAAAUUUCUUAAACAGAAGACUUGAUAGCAAGAGAAUUUUUCUUGGAAAAAAUGGCUUUAAUUUAUUAGGAAAAUUUAUUAGGAUACCGAUGUGUAGAGGGUCGAGAGAUAACAGACGCAUCAACUUAAUGUUGAUCAAGGUGAGCGUACAAUCGUCUCGACUUCUCGCGUUUCUUCUUGUUAGAAUGUUUAUUAAUUUUCUUCCAUGGCUUAUCCAAACUGUGGAUUGAUCCCAGGUCGCUGAAACAUAGAUUAUUUUCGUAAUUAUUGGCGAGGUGCAUUCCUUGAGAAAGCUGUGUAUAUAGAAUAACUAAAUGGAACAACGGACGUAGUUUGCACGAUCUACGAAUCAUGCAUGUGCGCAUAAUGUAAGAAUGGGUAACAGACUGUAAAGAUGGAAGACAGAAUAGUCGUUAUUUCGUAAUAAAAGGGUAUAUACAUUUUAAA